AUGGGGACCUUUAUCGGCCACGUGUACCCAGGGCUGUUUCUGGUCCUGUACGGGCUACACCAGGCGGUAGCUGUGUCCAGAGCCAUGAUAAACGGCACCCCGCUCCCGUGUCCUCCACGCGCCCCCCGGAACAAGGGCAGGUGGGCCUGGCUGUGGACGCUGUCCUACGCGGGGCUGCUGAAGACGGCGGCCGGCUCCCUCCUGGUGGCCUACGAGAUAAGCUGUGUGGAAGGAGGGCUGGUGCUGAUGGACAGGCAGCUGCCGCCCCGGUUCAUGUACCCCCACGAGUGGCAGCACCUCACCAUGUUCGCCCUCCUGGCCCUCCUGGGCUGCGUGGAGCUGGCCAGCAGCAGCCUGCUGCCCCGCAGGUGCGUGGCCCUGGAGAAGGGCGCCCUGGCCCUGGCCUUCUACGAGCUCCUGCUGCUGCUGGGGUCCCACGUGAAGGACUCGUCGGGCGUGGAGCUGCAGGUGCACGCCCUGCUCCUGCUGGUGGUGCUGCUGCUGACCCUGGUGCUGACCGCGCAGCUCUGGGCUCCCGCCGCCUGCCAGCUCUGGCUGAUGGAGAGCUUCCUCUUCCUCGUCAUGGGCUCCUGGCUGGUGCAGGCCGGCUUCAUCCUGUACAGACCCAUCUCCGGCUUCCCCUGGCAGGACGACGACAUCGGCGACAUCAUGUUUGUCACCACUUUCUUCUGCUGGCACGUGCUGGCCGACGCGCUGUGCCUGCUGGCGGUCCACGGCUUCUCCUUCUUCUGGCUGCGUUGCUGCAGCCCCCGCUCGGAGCCGGCGGGGCCCACAGGGGCUCUGCGUCACGCAGGCCCCCCGGGGCCCCUCUACGUGUUGCUGCAGGAGGCAGAGCAGUCUGAGAAGGAGGAGGGGGCUCUCCUCCUGCCACAGGCUCAGCCCGGGCCCUAG